CGCGUACAGGAGAACAAGACGCUGAACGGUGAUUGGCUGCUGAGAGGGGCGUGCGGCCGUGACGUCUAGCGGCCGCGGCAGCGGCAGCAGAGAGGAAAGAUGGCGGCGGUGACCAGAGGCUCCUUCGCUGUGUUCCGGCGGCUGCUGAGUCAGCAGUACCGCCGCAGAUGUUUCCGGCUGCAGAACGUCAGACCUGACAGGACUGUGCAGCCGCUCACCUUCAGGUGUGACAGAAGCCUCCAGAUGUUUAGCAGCAGGACGCUGCACACUGCCGUCGUGAGUCGAGGACCAGUCGUCCAGUUCAAACUGUCCGACAUCGGCGAGGGAAUCAUGGAGGUGACGGUGAAGGAGUGGUACGUGAAGGAGGGCGAUAAGGUGUCUCAGUUCGACAGCAUCUGCGAGGUUCAGAGCGACAAGGCGUCGGUCACCAUCACCAGCCGCUACGACGGAGUCAUCAAAAGACUCUACUACGACGUGGACGCCACGGCCUUGGUGGGCAAACCGCUGGUCGACAUCGAGACAGAGUCCAGUUCAGAGGUGAUCCAGGAGGAGGACGUGGUGGAGACGCCGGCCAUGGCUCGAGAAGAACACACCCACCAGGAGAUCAAAGGUCAUAAGACCCAGGCCACGCCCGCCGUCAGACGCCUCGCCAUGGAGAACAAUAUAAAGCUCAGUGAGGUGGUGGGGACGGGUAGAGACGGGCGGAUCCUGAAGGAGGACAUCCUGAACUUCCUGGCGAAGCAGACGGGAGCCAUCUUACCUCCGACCCUGUUCCAGGAGAUCCAGACUCCGCCUCCGGUCCCGCCCCCUACUGCUGCUGCUGCCAAGCCCGCGAGCACUGCGGCAGCCAUCAAACCUCCACCCACUACACCCAAACCCGUCUUCACCGGGAAGGACGUCACCGAGCCCCUCAAAGGUUUCCAUAAAGCGAUGGUGAAGACCAUGACUGCGGCUCUGAAGAUUCCUCACUUCGGUUACUGCGACGAAGUCGACCUGAGCCGCCUGGUGUCUCUGAGAGCCGAACUCAAGUCCACCGCUGAAGGCCGAGGGGUCAAACUGAGCUACAUGCCCUUCUUCAUCAAGGCCGCCUCCCUCAGCCUCCUCCACUUUCCAAUCCUCAACGCCUCGGUGGACGAAGGCUGCCAGAACAUCACGUACAAGGCGUCUCAUAACAUCGGGCUGGCGAUGGACACCACUCAGGGUCUGCUGGUUCCUAACGUGAAGAACGUUCAGCUGCUCAGCGUGUUUGAAGUCGCUCAGGAGUUAAACCGUCUGCAGACGCUUGGAGCUGCAGGUCAGCUGGGAACCUCAGAGCUCAGUGGAGGAACCUUCACCCUGUCCAACAUCGGAUCAAUCGGAGGGACAUACGCCAAACCAGUCAUUCUUCCUCCUGAAGUCGCCAUCGGAGCUCUGGGAAAAAUCCAGAUUCUUCCUCGGUUCGACGCCGGCGGUCAGGUGGUUCGAGCUCACAUCAUGAACGUCAGCUGGUCAGCAGAUCAUCGCAUCAUCGACGGAGCCACCAUGUGUCGCUUCUCCAACCUGUGGAGGGAGUACCUGGAGAACCCGGCCAGCAUGGUGCUGGACCUCAAAUAAACGGGGGGGUUAUUUCCCAUCAGCCCCGGGGGGGGGGGGGCAUAGAUGCCACACUACAAACAGACCUUCACUUCGCCUCCCACCGCCUUCGCUUCCUCUUUCUGUUGGAGGCCUUCGUGUUCACUCACUGUCGUUUCCUUGUUGCCUUUGAGCAAGGUGCCGGAGGAGGAGGGGUCAGCCUGUCAAUCAUGUUGUUUCCAUGGCGACCAGUAACCCACGCACACACACACACGGGGUGGACGGUAGAGGUAGUUAGUUUGGUUAAAGUGAACCGGGGUUUUUAGGUUCCACAUAUAAACAGGAUCAAACUGAGUUUAUUUUUAAUGUUUCAGCAAAUUAAUAACAAAUCACUUUCCAUUAGUGAUGAUUGAUUGUCUCAAAUACAACAAUCGCCUAUAAAACUAAUUCAUGUUGUGCUUCACUGCUGUACAUUCACUCACAGUCAACUUCUGGGGCCCUUGGGGGCCUUCGGGUAGUUUUCCGCUUUGCCUGGUUGGUCAUCAAACCUCGGUCCAAAUGGCUUCGUCUGAACCAGUACGUGGACCAAGAAACAGAGUCGGAGUCCACCUGAAGGAGCUGGUCUGAGAUCAGUUCCAGUUGAACUGUGGCGCAGUUAACAUACAGUGGUUUGUAGUUGACUGAAACAUUGAAAACAGCAGUUUGGUCCUUUUUAAAGUUUGAGUGUUUCCAUAGUAACUAAAACUUAUAUUCAUGUACUGUAAGGUCAUGUGACCAAACUUCUCACUAGAACCAGCUGGAUUUAACUCAGCAGAACAGGGUUCAUAUUCUCAAACAUCUGAGUCCACAGUUAAACCACCUUCUGGUCUCAGAGCCUCUGAACUGCAACGGACUGUCACAUGUGGGACUUUCACAAUCAGACAAAAUAUACAUUUUACCCAAACUGAUCAAAAUGAGCCAUUUAAUCUUAAAGUUGAGACGAAUCUGCUGCAACACGAUGAUGAUGUUCAGCUCUUUUACUGUAUGAAGUUCUGUUAGAUGAGAAGGUUUUGGACAAAAUAAUAAUCCAGGGGAUGUUUUUGUUUUUUAAAAUACAUUUAGUAUUUUUCAUUUCAGACGCUGAAAUCGAUCUGAUCACAUAUCUUUGCAUUUCCACCUGUUUUUAAUGAAUCUCAAUAUGUAAAUUAAGUGGGCGGGGUCAUCUGACAGCGUGGUCAUGUGACCGACAACGAUCAGAAAUGCGAUGAAAUGGUUUUUAUGUAUCAGCCGAACAUGAUUGACUGUGCGAAGUUUUCCUGCUCUGAGGCUGAAAUGGCAGGUGGAGGCGAGUUAUCGGGAUCCUGCUUCUGUUUGUUCGUUCACACCAGAAAUCAGCAGGUGGUUCUAACAAAAUAAUCCAGCGAAAACCGAAUCAACAAGAACUAAACCUGUUAGUUUUCACACGAGGUUCCCGCUUCAGAAAAAGAAGAUUUCUUCAGGCUUUGAUCUUGAAUCACAAACUGAGGAUCAAUAAUCUGCCUGUAGACUUCUGUUGGACAGUACGAGUCCUUCUUGAGUCCUUUACCUGAUCUGUUGCCACCUGAUCUCUCAUAUUUACAGACGUGGACCAGCCGUCCCCCUCUGGAUCUGUCCUCUCGGCCGGAUCACAACCUUCACGAUAAAACUUCAAACUGAAGCGGCAGGUUUCGUCUGGUUCCUGCUGGUGUGGAGGGGUCUAACUGAAGACCUGGUCCUCGCUGUGGUGUUACUACAUGGUGUUCAUCUGUACUGAAGACUGUUACUCCCACAUAUAUAAUCUCAUGAUCUGUAGAUAACUGACCUGUGAUCAGAUCUUCACCCGUGUUAACAUGAUGCUGAUCAGCUGCUUUUCUUCCAUUUAAAGUUAAUUAACCUCCAGUUUCUUCCUCCCUGAAGCAGCCGGAGGUUUCAGUUCUUUCUCCUGGGCUUCUUCAGUGUCCCCGUGGCUUCUGGGUAAAAAGCACAUGGUGUUGGUGUUCUGUUACAUGACUGUCUGUCUGUCUGUCUCACGUGUUGAAAGAACUUUUCCUGCUUUUUGUUUUUGUUUUUAGCGACAGACUAAAUGUAAAAGUGUAAAAACAGAAACUUGGGUUUGUAUUUUUGGGAACGUGUGGAUCAGUUUUUUUGAAAUGAUUAAAUCAUAAACGUCUGAACCGUUUGAACCAUAACUUUGAAUAAAGUUGAAGUGCAUAAACUUAAAA